AUGAGGACUGCUCUCUCCGCGUGGCUGACGGGCAGCACAGCACCUCCGGAUGGCCAAGCAGGCCAUUCUAAUCGGCCCAAUUCUGCUUAUAACGGGGAUGGCUCGCCCGCCGUGUCAGUGUCGUGGGAGGACUGGCAGCGCGCGUACGAGCAGGCGCGAGGCGCGGAGGGCAGACAGCAGCAGGAGGGGCAUGUGAGAGGCGCGGAGAACAGACAGCGGGACGAGUGUGCGAAAGGAUUGGGUGUUGGAAACGGCAGAUGCGAGCAGAGCAAAGGCAGUGACAAUGGCAGUGGGCGAGGGGAGGGCUGGCAGCGCGUGUGGGACCAUGCGAAAAGCGUGGAGGGCAGAAAGCAGGAGGGGCAUGGACAGGGCACGGCGCAGGGCAGCGGGGAGAGGGACGAGUGGGGUUGGGUGGGGGGGUUUGCAACGCGGCAUGGAGAGGGUGGAGGAACGGAGGGGCAGGCACAGGUGGUGGGGAAAGGGCGAGACGUGGGUGGUAUGCAGGGGCAGGGGCAGGGAGUGGUUGUGUGUGAGGGCGGGUGGGAGUGGCUGCAUCGCCCCUCUGCCCCGCCUGUGUGGGAGAUGACUGGUGCUGUGGCGCAGCCUGUGUCUCAGCCUGAGGCACGCAGUGUAAGCACUGGUUACCAGGAAGCACAGGCAGGUGUUGAAGGAGGUGCAGAGGGGUGGAGGAGAACUGGCAUGGGUACAGGAGGGGCUGUAGGUAGGGUUGAGAGGAUGGGAGGGGAAGGGGAAGGAGACAGUGCAGUGAUUGGAGGGAGUGCAGGUGUUGGGGAUGCUGGAGGUGGGAGGAGGGGAGGAGGGAGGGGCGUGGUUGGGGCGGUGAGGGAGUGUGUGUCGCUGGAUUGGGUGCCGGAGAGGCUUCUAGUGAAGUUCCAGCAGAGAGUGGGGAUGUACCGACUCGGAUUCAACUUUCAGUUCCGCCAUUCCCACCACGACCUACCAGUCAACCCCUCUGUCCUCGCAACCCCGGUCUCUCUAGCCGUCUCUGCAUCGCCUAUCCACACUCUCACCAGCGCCACAGGCUUGAGGGAGAGCCGGCCCCUUAUAACCGUCGGUCCCUAUCAGGCCUACCCCGCAGACAUCAGGAUCGUUGUCAAGCCAUCUGCUCCCUCUCCACCUUCCAAAGCCGCCUCAAAGCGCCCGGCACCCUCCACUGCCAGCCUGGCUACCAGGCUCGCGGGCAUGGUGACCCGUGUUGCCUGGGCGGCGGUGGGAGGGGGCAAGGUGCAGGUGAUGCCUGUGGCGGGCACGGUGCAGGUGGCAUCUGGACGGGUGGGCCUGCUGGGACUGGCUGAUGCUAGGGUGACGGGUUGGAAACGUGCUGGAAGUUGGUUCCAAGGGUCCGCUGUAUGGCAAACUGCCUGGCACCUACCAAUACCAGCCCAGCUGCCAGGCUUGCAAGCAUGGUGCAUCGCCCUGGGCGGCGGUGGGAGGGGGCGAGGUGCAGGUGAUGCCUGUGGCGGAUAUUGUGCAGGUGGCAUCUGGACGGGUGUGCCUGCUGGGACUGGCCUGCUGGGACUGGCCUGCUGGGACUGGUUGAUGCUAGGGUGGAGCAGCACUCGGCUCACACGGCCGCACAGCCAUUCCAGCAGCGCUCGUGGCAGAGAGACUCAACCUGGUGCGAGCAGGGGCGCUGGCUUAGCUGGUGGGAGCGACAUGAGCGGCUGUCAUGUGGAUACGAGCAGCGGCAUGAAUGUGCAUGGCAGUGGGAAUGGCACGGGUGGUAUGCGUGUGAGUACAGACGGUGAAGCCAGGGAAGGUGGUCUGUGGAGUGCAGGGAGGGGGGAGGUGGAGCAGCAGGGGGGUGGGGCAGCAGGGAGCGGUGGUGGUGUGGUGCAGGUGGCGAGGGCCAAGGCUGGCAUGGUGCAUCGGGUGAGUGGCAUGGUGCAUCGGGUGAGUGGCAUGGUGCAUCGGGUGAGUGGCAUGGUGCAUCGGGUGAGUGGCAUGGUGCAUCGGGUGAGUGGCAUGGUGCAUCGGGUGAGUGGCAUGGUGCAUCGGGUGAGUGGCAUGGUGCAUCGGGUGAGUGGCAUGGUGCAUUGGGUGAGUGGCACGGUGCCUUAG